AUGCUGUGCUGGAGCUUAUGGCACCGUCGAAACAAAUGGGUUUGGAAUCAUGCGAAUGGUUCUAUUUUUGGGGUGUGGAACACAGCCAAGGGCUUAAUUCGAGAAUGGACAGAGGUGCAGGCGAGAGAAGGGAGUAUGUCAGUUACAGGAGUGAAUGGGGACAGGGUGUGGUCGAAGCCGUCAAUGGGAUGGUUUAAAGUAAAUGUUGACGCAGCAGUGUUCAUGCUUGGUGGAAUUGGAGUCGCAGCAGUAGUCAGAGAUGAUCAAGGGGGCUUUGUUGCAGCUCAUGUUCUGAAACUUCCAGGUAAAUGGAAUCCGCGGGAAGCUGAGGCCUUGGCCCUUAAAGAAGCUUUGGCCUGGGUUAUAAAGAAAGGCUACCAGAAGUGUGAGUUUGAAACUGAUUGCUACGCAUUAGCUGCUACUUGCAAUGGCAGCCCGGGGAAUUCUUUGUUUGACACAAUUGUCACUGAUUGUAUUGGUUUAAGUAAGCACAUAAAUCAAGUGCUAUUUCGUUUUGCUUUUCGUUCUGCGAAUAAUGUAGCCCACGUCCUAGCACAGGCUGCUUAUUCUAUGACAGACGUAGGCAGACGUAGGAGAGUGGGUUGUCACUCCUCCUAA